AUGCAUAGGACAGACCGGCCAACUUGGAACGACUGCCAGAGGAUUGAAGCGAAGCGCUGGCUGGAACAGUCUAGUGGGCACCAAUAUUCACGGAACUCGGACGCCACCGACGAGCCCAAAUGCAUGGUUUCUCACUUCCUUACGCCCAGGGAUCCGGGCCGGACACGAGUUGGGUACGCUGCCCAACGCCUCACCACCGUUGCCGGUGAGCUCACCAAGCAUCUUCUUUUACACACUUGUAUCCUCCUCUUCGCCUUGACCCUGCUCCCGACCGCAGCGGCUCAGCUCAACUUCACGCCGGGACUGCCGCCAUUGGAACUCACCCACAAUUCUCUGGGCGACUUGAUGUCACGCUUCAGCGAUGCCACGCCAGACUACUUCGCCAACAGGGGCAUCAAUCGCGUCCGCCAGCUCCCAUACGAGUUCGGCGGUGCUGAAGGCUUUGCCACCUUUGUGGCUGCUAUUCCGGCCGACAAGAAAGUCCUGGUCGACCUGACCGAAGACGACAGAGAGGAGUGCAACCACGUCGAGUUAGUUCAAGGAUACUCGCCGUUUUCCACUUGGUCGCGGCGCUCGAGGCUCCGCUACUCUGUCAACCUUUGCAAGGUUCGAACCCGGGCCAUGCCACUCCGCGAAUUCUUACUCGACGAGGAGUUGAAAUAUGUACACUUCCAUUGA